AUGAAGUUCUCAGCCAGUCCCGAGGCCGCGGUGCGUUUCACAAAAAUGAACGUCUACUUGGUCAGUUCCUGGCCACUGUCCAAAUCAGUGAGCAGGUUGAGCAGAAUUUGGUUCAACAUUCGCUGGUGGACUGCAUUUAUUUCAAUUCUGCUGCUGUUCUUACCUCUAACAAAUGGUGUCUUCGUGUAUCGAAACGACUUGCUGGUGAUGGUGAAAGCAGCUUGUCUCAGUAGUGCGUCAGCUCAAGCUCUUUUGAAGUUACUGGUGUGCCGAUUUCAGUCUGAUCGCCUCCAACUUUUGCACCACGAGAUGGAAACUUUUAUAAAAAAUGCCAACCCUCUAGAAAAAAAGUGCCUGCAAAAAUACAUCAAGAAGAGCGGGUUCUUCCACGUCUUUGUGAGCGUCAGCAUGUGGAUAGUCUGUCUGGCGUUUAUAAUUGAGCCUAUCCUUUUGUCUCACCCUUAUCCAACAGACACUGCGUACCCGUUUGUCGUUAAAAGUGAACCAUUGCAAAUCGCAUUAUACUUGCAGCAGGUAAUGGCGCUAUUUUUCAUCGCAGCGGCUCUGACGAUUGACUUCCAGGUUGCUACCUUGUUGUGGUUCACUUGCGUGAAGUUUGAAGUCCUGGGCCACUACUUUCGGGAGGUCUCCAGCGAACGGGAAUUGGUAACUUGCAUCAAAAAGCACCAGCAGGUGCUCAGGUACGCUAAGGAAGUUAAACAUGCAGUUCAGUACAUAACUCUUGCUACAAUAGCGACUACGACAAUCGGAGUCAUCUGUGGAUGCUUGACGCUGAUCAGUCAUCAACCCUUAUCUGUCAAGCUUCGGGUUGCUAAUAUUGUUGGGAACGCAGGUUUUGAGCUUUUUAUCUAUGCUUGGCCUGCUGACAAUCUUAUCCAAGUGAGUCAAGCAAUCAGCUGGAACGUCUACAACAGCAAUUGGAUAAAAGGCUCCGUUGAUAUGAUAAGAACAACAACGACAGUUAUUCGUCGAUCUCAAUUACCCACGACAAUAUCCAUACGUGGAGUAAUGCCGAGUCUCUGUCUUCAGUACUAUACAUCAUUUUUAUCAACGACCUUCUCAUACUUUACAACUCUCCGCAUAGUCUACGCCACUGAAGAUCCUGAAAAUUGA